CACAUCUUCACCCUCCCUCUCCAUCGCCACCGCUCUCUCCUUCUUUUGACCAUUCUACUCCCCUUCCACCGUCCAACUCUCUGUGGCCCUUCGACAACACCAUCUAUCUACCUUCCCACCCUGAUCCGGCUAGACUCCUCGACUUCCUUUAGGUCGCCCGCCGCCAUCGCUAAGUGACUCGAAAACUGGUUCGCGUCACCUAUCCCUAUUCCUGAGUCUCCCAGGUGUCAUCGAGACUCACUCGCAAGACCGGCGCCCGAUCAAUUUGUUUGCGAGGCAGAUGCGCCACAGCAUCCAGCCAACAUGCCUGGAAUUCUCCCGAUGAAAGUGAUCAAGGUCGGGGGCAACUCGCAAAGCCGUAUUGCCCAGGCCUGUGAUCGAUGCAGAAGCAAGAAGAUUCGCUGCGACGGCGUCCGCCCAUGCUGCUCCCAAUGCGCCAAUGUCGGAUUCGAAUGCAAGACCAGCGACAAGCUGAGUCGCCGUGCCUUCCCUCGUGGGUACACGGAGUCGCUGGAGGAGCGGGUGCGGGCCCUGGAGUCCGAAGUCAGAGACCUCAAGAACUUGCUGGACGAAAAGGACGAGAAGAUCGAUGUACUGUCCCGGAUACAUUCCUUCUCACCUGCCUCACGUCAGAAAACCAACGCACCUGAUGCGGUUGAAAGCGUCAUCCAGGUGCGCCAACCAUUGCAGCCUGAUGGUGUGGCGGAUGCCGAGGUUGCAGGGGUAUCGACUACCCGUGCCUUCGUUGAUACUUUCACAAACAGGCUCGUGGACCAAAAACGACUACCGCCUGGUGUCUCAAUCAAAACUUUAACCACCCCUCCUCCGGCCAUCUCUCAUUCCCCCGUCGACCAAGCCAUCAAAACGGCGCCUCGACUGGUCUCCGACCAGCUCAUUAAUAUCUUUUUCCAGGAAUGGGCGCCAUUGUACCCGGUUGUGCACCGGCCCACCAUUCUCAAGGCUUACGGACAGUAUCUUUCGAGCACGGAAUCUUUGGACGACAACAAGCAUGAUUUGGCGCAGCUGAAUCUUAUCUUCGGAAUCGCUGCUCUUGCAUCUGUGUCGCGAACCAACCAGGACCCAACCUUUUUCGAGGACAAUUGGUCGCCCAUCCUUGAAUCUAUUUCCGGCAAUAUCUCCGUGUCGACAUUGCAAUGCUAUGUACUUGCUCAGAUGUACUGUAUGACGAAGGGCGACUAUGCGAGCCUUCUACGCUACCGGAGCCUUGCUGUCGGCCUCUGUCAACAACUACGACUCCACCAGAGCCAAAAACGCUUCUCGUCGAACGCCCUGGUGGCUGAAACACGCAAGAAGGUGUUCUGGUGCCAAUAUGCGCUUGAUCGUUUCACCGCUGUUUUGACGGGAUUGCCCGUCAUUCUCCGCGAAUCUGAUGUCAAGACUGAGUACCCUGAAGACGUUGAUGAUGAGAAUGUCACGGAGACAGGCUUCUUGCCCACUCUUCCCGGCGAGUCCACUCGCAUCUCUAGCGCAAUUGCGUUCUUCGGCGCCUCGAGGGUGCUGAGCAAAGUCUUGGAGGACAUUUACCCUUCUGAUGAGGAGUACGAUAUUUCUCUUGCGAAGAUGCACUCGGUCGCCGAGAAACUGGAUGAGUGGGAGAAGAGUUUGCCCGCUCACCUUCGCCUCGAGUUCUCGCAAGACAAGCCUAGUACCAACGUGACAAGCAGCCGGUCGCCACUUCUGUCUCUUGUUUACUACUUCAUUCGCUCCUUGAUCCAUCGCCCUGCGGUCUGCUUCGGCGAGGAGCACGUCCGCUCGCCUUCUAUUCUUGCUGUCUCCGACUCCGCCAAACACAUGGUCCAGAUCCUCGAGUUGCUCAAUGAGAGACGUCUUUGCCUCUCCCUAAGUAUCAACCGAAAGGAGUUCGUCUUCGCUACGGGUCUUGGUUUUCUAUGGCAGAACAUCGGUUUGAAGCGUGACAGCAAGCUUGUCAAGGAGAGCCAGAAGCUGCUUACCAGCGUCAUCGUUCAGCUUGAAUCCGAAUCGUCGGGAGCUGCCUAUGAGUUCAGCGCUUUGGCUAGUGUCCUGGUUUCGCUGAAUGGCAGCAAGUACGGGUCAAUUAGUCGGCCCCAGGACAUGUCGCCACCUGCGCAGAAGCCCUCCAAGUCACCGAAGAGGCAGGCUCAGCCCUGGAAAGCGCGCGUAGGUAGCGCGUCAGGACCUAGCCAACCGGAAAAAUCAGACUCCCUCUCUCGGAGAGCUACGAUCUCCGGCGCCAGUUCUCACCCUGGUCAACGUCACAUCCGGUCCUCCAGCUUUGCCAGUCUGCCGCCUGAUCAAUUCCAUGCGCCAACUAUGUCUGCGGACAUCAAGUCGGUCUUUCAUUCGUCGUCGGGAGGGUUUGACAACGGACAUGUGCUUUCCAGCUCCGCGCCGUCGAAUGCGAGCGGGGGCCCGAUCACGGUGUCCGAUUGGGAGUUUGUGCUGAGUGACAUGGACCGAGGCUACUCGAACAUCUUCACGGGGAUCUAUGGCGGCCGGGAGUGCGGCGAGGACGGCGGACCCUUCGCGUCCCUGACCGCCGAAUUCUCUCAGAAAGCGGACCCGAUGGUGGCACCGCUGUCGGCGCCGUCGGAGCUACAAGGCCUGUCGCCCGAAGCGUGGUCGGCCAGCAGCAACAGCGACAUGCCCCUCAACCAGGAGCUCCCGCCGCAGAGUGUUCUCAGCUACUCCGACGAGGGGAGCGCCGAAGACGGGGUGCACUAUACCGACAUGCGCGUCUCCCCCGAAGAACAGGCCAACAUUCUGGAUCCGUUCCGCAACGUGAUGAUCCCGGCCGUGGACGAGGAGGUGGACGUGGACGAGUUCGGCCUGCUCAAUGGGUGGCACCGACGGCUGGCCGUCUGAGGGCCCACGCUUUUUUUAUUUAUUUUUUUUUUAUGAAUCGAUGAUAUGUUUUGGUGUCGCGGAGUUUCAGCUGCCUCGGGCCUGUGCAAUUUCUGUCUCUUUUGUGAUACCUGGUCUGUACAGGGAGUCUGGGUCUGGAUUGGUCUUUGUCGGAGUAUAUGCUGCUGCAUAAUGAAUCUGAAUAUAUGUCUGCC